GGUAAGUCAAUAUUACGUUUUUUUUUCUCGCUGACAAAGGCAAAUGAAGCCAUGUUUUUUUUGCUUACAAACAAGUAACAUCUUAACGCCCUCGGUAUACAGAGCCGUGCGCCGCCGAUGCGCUGCGUUUAGGAGAGGUCGCCCGGACAGCUUCCCCAUCCACUCCUCAUUAUUUACCACAUCUGGACGUUUGUACCGGGAUAGAGGAUCGCCUUUAAAAAAAACAUUUACUCGGGAUAUUUUUGGGGGGUUUUAACAAACUACUUGAAGGCGACCUGCAACUCUUACCAAACACAGCGAGGACGCAGCAAACCUCAGAGGAAAUAUUGUUGAAGAAAAUGAGUUUCGGGGCGAGCUGGUGAACCAGCGGUGGACACGAGGCGAGAGGACCAGCAGCCGCUGUCAGGCCUCCCAGAGACUGCAGAGCCGUCGACCAAUCAUGAUGAGUAUCGAGGGUGAUGACAAGCGGACUCGCACUCGGUCCAAGGGAAUCAGAGUUCCUAUUGAACUCGUUGGACAAGAGCUGAGCUGCCCCACCCUUGGAUGCAAUGGCUCUGGCCAUAUCAGUGGGAGAUACUCACGACACAGAAGUGUUCUGGGUUGCCCCAUAGCCAGAAAACGCCGUCUGGAGGAAGCAGAGGCAGAUCAGGAGCAAGAGCAGGAUACAGAGCGGCCUGCUUCCAAGAGGAAGUCCCAGCCCCUGAAGAUGGCCCUGGACGAGGGCUUCAGUGUGGAAAGUGACGCCAGCAGCGAGGCCGAGGGUGAGGGAGAAAAGGAUGGUGAGAAAGCAGCAGAGACCAAGGAGGAGGACGAGCAGGAGGAGGAUGAGCAGGAGGACAGGGAGGCAGUUGUAGAGGAGAUAGAGGCAAUGACGGAAGACCUAACGCAGGACGGACAGACAAAUGGACAGGAGGUGGAGAUGCAGAGUUUACAGGACGAGGAGGACGGGAAGAGGAAAGAGGAAGACACAUAUCAGAAAGAGGAGAACACAAGUGCAGCUGAUGAAGAGGAAGAGUGUGUGAUCAUCGAGCCCGAGCUCAGCUCAGCGCCACCUGCACCCCAGGAGUGUCAGGUACCUUCUCAGAGCGCCAAAGAGGGGGACAACUCUCUCCUCGACGUUGGCGGAGUUUCCGACAACAAUGCUCCAACUGUGGCCAUUCAGCAGGCUGUUGCUAUGGAGAUGGAGCAGGAUGUCACUGUGGCAGCCGAGUGGGGUGAAGAAGUAAAGGACAAGCAGGAGGAGGGCACGAAUAAGGGGGAAGAGGAAGAGGAGGAGGCGGCACAUAGAGUUCAAGUGUUGGAAGAGUCAUCUGUUCUGCAGAAGGAGGCGGCUGAAGUGAAGGGAACGGAGUUGGAGGAGGAGGUGGAGGAUGAGCAAGAAGAGUGCGAAGACAGGAGCAACCACGUGAGCCAGGAAAACCCCCAAUAUCAGACUGCUGAUGUACCCCACGAACAGAUAAAUGAUGAAGAUGAGGAGGAAGAGGAGGAAGAGGAGGAAGAGGUGGCAGUGCCAGCACAGCAGAGGCAGGACACUUCAGCAGUACCAGAGGAGGAUGAGGAGGGAGAUGAAGAGGACCACAGGGACCAUGUUCUGCCCAUUUCUGAUGUGCCAACUGCCAUCCGCACCAUCACCAGCACCGCAGCAGCUCAGGGAACACACAUCGAGACUGAAGACCACAGGGCCGGGCCACUGGAGGACUACAGCUCACACAGGACAAGUCCACUUGAUAAAUGUAACUCUCAUAGACCUAGCCCUCUUCACAACUAUAAGGACAGCCCUCCUUUAAGCUACAGCUCCCACAGGGCCAGUCCACUGGAGGACUACUUUCCAAUCCCAAGAGUUGAGAACUAUAAAAUCCACAAAGCCUCGUCUUCAGCCUCUCCCGACAUUAUUGAGGUGGGAUCAGAUAAGUCGGAGGAGAAAGACUACGAUGACAUGGAUGGGGAUGACGAACGUGAUGACGAAGACAGCCUGUCACAGCGCUCCACGGUGACAGACGAGUCUGAGAUGUUUGACAUGACCCGAGGAAACCUGGGCUUGCUGGAGCAAGCCAUUGCACUGAAGGCAGAGCAGGUGAAACCAGCUGGGCCCAGAGAGCUGCUCCGUGCCCCAGAUAUACACCACCAGAGAUACUUCACCAUGGAUGACAGGCCCAAGCACCUGGACGUCAUCCGCAAGAGCUACUUCAGCAAAGAGAGCAGUAGGCCAGAGAAGAGGGAGAUCAAGUGUCCCACUCCGGGGUGUGAUGGGACGGGUCAUGUGACCGGCCUUUACCCCCACCACCGUAGCCUGUCAGGCUGUCCGCACAAGGACAGGAUCCCCCCGGAGAUUCUGGCGAUGCAUGAAAAUGUGCUGAAGUGUCCAACUCCUGGUUGCACCGGUCAAGGCCAUGUUAACAGCAACCGUAACACACACCGCAGUCUUUCCGGAUGCCCCAUCGCUGCUGCAGAGAAGCUGUCAAAGAGCCACGAUAAGCUGCCUCUCUCUCCGCCAGGCAGCGAGCACCUGAAAGGAAGUCCCAAUGACAGAGUGUUAAGGCCCAUGUGCUUUGUGAAGCAGCUGGAGGUUCCACAGUACGGCAACUACAGGCCCAACAUGGCACCUGCCACGCCUCGCGCUAACCUGGCCAAGGAGCUGGAGAAGUACUCCAAGGUAACCUUCGAUUAUGCAAGCUUCGACGCACAAGUGUUCGGGAAGCGCUUGCUUGCUCCAAAGAUGCCCACCAGCGAAACCUCACCCAAAGCCUUCAAAACUAAGCCCUCAUUCCCCAAGUCCCCAUCGCCCAGUCUCAGUCUCCACGGUUACGGAAAGAGCUCCAGCUUGGCCUACGACUACUCCCAUGAUGCUGAGGCUGCUCACAUGGCUGCCACUGCCAUCCUCAAUCUGUCCACACGCUGCUGGGAGAAACCCGAGAACCUCAGUACCAAACCCCAAAACAAGGAAUUGGACAUUGAGGUGGAUGAGAAUGGCACCCUGGAUCUGAGUAUGAAGAAGCCUUGUAAACGAGAGGGCAGUCUGUCCGCCACUAGUCCCGGGGUUCGCUCUCCUGACCCUUCUUCCUCCUCCUCUUCUUCGCUGCAUCACGGUGGAAGUAGCGGGAUGACAUCACCGAACCUGCACGCCUACAAGCAGGAGGAAUGGGAGGGACCUCUAGAUUACACCAAGCCCAACCGCCAAAGGGAGGAGGAAGUGGACGAGAUGGAGCACACUGGCCACUCGUACGUCUCUUCUGACCAAGAGGACUGCGACAUGAUGCAGGACUGUCUAGAGGAGAGGAAGUACCCGGGAGAGGUCACAACCCCGAGCUUCAAGGUCAAGUUCCAACCCAAGGAUAGCAAGAAGGAGCUGCUCUCGUGCCCUACACCUGGUUGUGAUGGCAGUGGCCACAUCACUGGAAACUAUGCGUCUCAUCGCAGUCUGUCUGGGUGUCCUCUCGCUGAUAAGAGCCUUCGGUCCCUCAUGGCGGCCCACACCCCUGAACUCAAAUGCCCCACUCUAGGAUGUGACGGCUCAGGUCACAUCACAGGAAACUAUUCCUCCCACAGAAGUCUCUCUGGGUGCCCGCGUGCCAAGAAAAGUGGAAUUAAAACUCCUACCAAGGACAACCAGGAGGACUCCGAGCUUUUAAAAUGCCCCGUGCCGGGUUGCGACAGCCUGGGCCACAUUAGCGGGAAGUACGCCACACACCGCAGCGCCUACGGGUGUCCACUGGCAGCCCGCAGACAGAAGGAGGGUGUCUUGAACGGCACCCCCUUCAAUUGGAAGGCCUUCAAGACAGAGGGGCCGACCUGUCCCACCCCAGGCUGUGAUGGCUCUGGACACGCUAACGGAAGCUUCCUCACACACCGCAGCCUCUCAGGAUGCCCCCGAGCCUUGUUCGCCAAGAAGAAGGCCAAGUUCCCCUCAGACGACUACCUGAGCACCAAGUUCAGAGCCAGUGAUGUUUUGGACAACGAUGAGGACAUCCAGCAACUCAACAAAGAGAUUAACGACCUCAACGAAUCCAACAAUGAAAUGGAGGCUGACAUGGUCAACCUGCAGACUCAGAUCUCCUCCAUGGAGAAGAACCUGAAGAGCAUCGAGCACGAGAACAAGAUGAUUGAGGAGCAGAACGAGGCUCUCUUCAUGGAGCUGUCUGGUCUCAGCCGCGCCCUGAUCCGCAGCCUGGCAAACAUCCGCCUGCCACACAUGCAGGAGCCAAUCACCGAGCAGAACUUCGACAGCUACGUGAGCACCCUGACCGACAUGUACACCAACAAGGACUGCUUCCAGAGCCCAGAGAACAAGGCUCUGCUGGAGAGCAUCAACAAAGCUGUGAAGGGCAUCAAAGUCUGAAACUCAAGACACACACACACCACACGUACGGAGAAAGCGCAGACUGUCCUGAGGUGAAGGAGCGUGACGGAGGAGAAGAUGGAGGGAUGGCGAGAUGAAGGAGAGAUGUUGAAAUACUCUUCAAUAUAAUGAAAUAUGAUUCAAAAACAAAAAGGGAAUUCAGGUUAUCUAAAUAAACGGCAACUUAAAAAAAUCUACCCAGGGAGCACUCUCAUAGAAGAAAAGUGACGCGGACCAAAAUCCACACCAUGCUGCUGCUGGGAUUAGGAGGAUGGAACAGAUCCUUCAGUCAGGAUGGAUGGAAAAGAAGAAUGAAGUUACUGGAAACUGUAUCUGGGGGGGGUUUAAUAUGCUGUAUGUUUACCUGUUGUCUCUUUUGUGUCCUUACCUGGUUUUUUGGAGUUUUAACUGUUGCACAGCCGAUCCGUUAAUCGCACUUCACAUCUCCGGUGACAUGAAGAGGAGGACACACAGAUGAGUUGAGCCCGAGGACUCUGUACCAUCCUGCAGCAUUCUGUGCAGCCAGUGUGUUCUUUAUCCGAGCUCUCUAGUUCAUGACCACACACCCACCCCAGCAAUAUGACGCGCGCACCAAACUGACUUUGUGUUCGCGUUGUGGUGUUACCGUGGCAAAGACGUCAACAGGUCACGUCGACUCCGUUUUGCGGGAAAUUCUUCAAGUAAGGUCAUGAGACAGAUCCAGGAACAGUGUGGGUUCUUUAAUUUUCAGCUCAUAUCAUGUUUUGUAUGUAAACUGAAACGAUGAUAGUGAUAGUGUGCGCACAUUUUAAAUUCAGUUAGUCAUAUCAAUAGUAUUUAUCAACUUAGGAAUUGCACUUCAUUUCAAUUAAUAGUUUUGUGGUACAAUAAUUAUUGUUAUAUAUGAAUUAUUUAAACCUGUGAGCAUUUAAAUUGUAACUUAUUGCCAUUUAUGUUAUUGAGGUUUAUUUAUUUGAAGCAAUCUAUUUAUUAUUAACUUGGUUUUGUAACAGACAAAAAAUUGCAUCUUUACUGAUUAUGGUCAAAGCAAUUUGCAGAUGUCUUGCGUCAAUAUUUUAAGAAUCUAUAUAGAUAACUGACAAGGCAUAUAUUGUUUUGAGUACUUUUUAAAAACCUUUUUAAGUGCAGAUGUUUUAUAACAGACAAAAUCUUUUGAUAAUUUUACAAAAAAAGUUAUUUUUUUUAUUUUUGGGUUCUUUGUUUUUCUCCCGUUACCUUGUGUUUUUUCUGUUGCCACUACAUUCAGAAACCCUCUGCUGAGAAAAAAGAAAAGAAAGUAUGUAUUUAUUAUUUAUUUAAUAUGAAAGAAAUUGACUGAUAUGGCUGUAUAUUUAUUUUGUUAUUUAUGUGCGUGAUGUGACGGUUGAGUGUGAGUAGUCUUAAAGAUCCACUGCUAAUAUUUAAAUAAAGAAACAAAAUCAAUACAAAUACUGUUUGAUUACUUAGGCUUAUACCUAGAGACAUACCAGCAGCUGAUUGUAAGGACGGAAAAAAAUGACCCGACAAAAGCAUCACUGCUCUGUUGCUAUUUGGUCUUUGUGUGUUUGCUUUUGUCAGGUUGUAUAAAACCAAGGAAAAAAACUACUACAACAACAAGAAAAAAUCCAUAGAUUUCAAAAAUGUUACCUCUCUUAAGCGCUUUGUAGCAGCCGACACUGGCUCACCCAAAACCUCUGUAAUGUACCAUCGAUGCUGAAUUGAUGCUUUUUGAUUCUUUUUUCUUAUUUAUUAUUUUCAUCAAUACAAUGGUGCAUAUAGAGCUCUAUUCCAGCAGUGUUUUAGGCUGGAUCUAUGGGUCUCCAACACACACAGACACACACACACAUACACACCGAUGUAUCCAAUAUACUGUAGGAUGGCCUCCUUUGACAAACUUCUAUCAGAUAAACAUACACACCCUUGUAGCCUUACUCUAGAUUUUAAUUUUUUGAUGCACAAAGUGCCACUGAAAAAAAAAGAGAACUCACUUUCUUUCCUGAUUCUACGCAUUUCUGCAAUGUAACAAUGUCUGGUCCCAGGAAGACCAUGGCAUCAUGAGAGUGGUGAUUGUUUCAGAUGCCUUUAUUUCUCUGCCAAGAUGGCCAUACGUACACUAUAUAUACAUUCUGUAUAAAUAGAUUUUAAAGAUGCUAUAUAUAUGAAUAUAAACAUACAUAUAUUUUUCCAGUGUAAUUGUUGACUUGCUCUUCUUCUCUUGUAUUACCUUGUCAAAAGGAUCACUAGCUGUCUAGAAGAGAUGUGACGCACGUUAUCAAAAGGAGGCAGUUACACCUUAUUUAAUAUCACUAAGACCUGCUCAACUGUGGCUUUAAACAAACCAUUCAGACAAGCUGAAGGCAAAGUAGGUGUUGUUGAUGAUAGAUUACAAUACUUUGGAAGUGUUUUCCUUUUCCCCCCUUUUCCUUUAUUUGUCUGUCCUUUAUCCAGAAGUGUCAAAAAAACAUCUACUGUAUGUUGUACUACUGAAUCUGAGAAAUGACUGUCAAUUUGAAACUAGAUGGUUGGCUCUUUGUUCCUAAGUGUCAUGUGAGUUCAUGUAUAUUAAAAAGAUGCCUCUGAAUAAUGUUCUGCACAUAGUGUUUGGCGACAUUGUGCAGUUAUUGUAUUGUUAAUGGUGAGGCCUCACUAUGAGCCCAUUCUCUAAUGUUAAAACCAGUCAGUAGGAGACUUUAGUGUGACCUGCCUUUCAGUGAUCCGUCGCAGCUACUGUGGUGUACAGUAUGAUACCUGUGUGUAACGCUGAUGUCAAAGGCAUGUUGUAAAUGUUCUUUUAGCCAAUGUAGAAUGAAAAUCCUUUGUGCACUUUCUAACUGUUGAAAAUGCCAGCAUUUGAUUCUCGACUCGGGAGAACCCCAGUAGAUCACGGGCAAUAGCACGUAUUCACCCAUGGAGGGCGCACUACAAAGCAUUGUCUCACCUGUGUGUUGCUGUUCAUGUAGAGAACAACCUGUGUGUUACAUCAGAUAGAGACAUCUCUUUGAUUCAGGGGGUCGAAAAUGUAGAAAAAGGAAGUUGUACUUUCUUUUCCACACAACAACAAAAAAAAACCAAAAGAGAAACGGACAGGAUGCAGAGUUUGGUUCUCAGGUGACUGGGAGGGGGGGCAUAGGGGGGGCUGCUGAAGCAGAACAGAGCAAUGCCAUAGGUCAGCCAGUCAGCUGAGGCUAGAGGCGAUAGCAGCGGCUGGAUCGAGGCCACGUGUGAAAUGAGAUGAGUGUGUGGGAGUGGGAAAUUGAUUUGCCGGGCUACACAAUCUCCCCCAUGUUUCAGGAGGAGGUGUUUGUUGCAUAAAUGUGCGUCCAUCACUCAAAAGAAUGUCAAAGCUUUUUAUGACUUUUAAAACCCCCCCCACCCCCCCUCAGGUCUUGUGUAACCUUUCCUCAGGAAAGAUAGUUUGGAUGCAUUUGGUUAACGGGCGAGCAUACGCUUCCUCUCUUGAAGAGCACGAGAAUACGACUGCAGAGGGCGUUAAGACUGUGAAUAUUCUCCUAACUUAUUUGAUAUGGCAUGACCCCUUUUAAACUGCUUGAUGAAAUUGUCUACUGAGGUAUGUAAAUGAAUAACACUGAGGCCAUGAACGCAUAGCAUUUUCAAAAGAAAAAAGAAAAAAAAUGUUGUCAGCCAAGAAAGCAAAUGCGGCCUAGGGUUGGUUCUGCGCCCACACACUGUAUGUUUUCUUAUUUACAUAAAAGUACUGAGUGAUGGAGUGAGGAGCUUUAUUAUUCUAAAUAGCAAAGAAAAUUAAAAA